CCCAGGUCCCUUCACGGCGGGGUAAGGGAUCAAGCUCUCAAGAUGGCGGCGGCAUCGGAGGAGCGGAUGACUGAGGAGGGAGGCGGCAGCCACGGUGACGGCAGCUCCUCUUCGGCUGCCGGCUCUGCCCAGCGACAGCCUCCGCCUCUCCCUGCCCAGCCCCCGCAGCCGGGGUCCCAGGCGCCCCCAGCGCCGGCGCUGGUUCCGGACCAGCUGCCUCAGAACAACACGCUGGUGGCGCUGCCCAUCGUAGCCAUCGAGAACAUCCUCAGCUUUAUGUCCUACGACGAAAUUAGUCAGCUGCGCCUGGUUUGUAAAAGAAUGGACUUGGUUUGCCAGAGAAUGUUGAAUCAGGGGUUUCUGAAAGUGGAGAGGUACCAUAAUCUGUGUCAAAAGCAGGUGAAAGCACAGCUCCCAAGGCGGGAAUCAGAAAGGAGAAACCAUUCUUUAGCUCGUCAUGCAGACAUCCUUGCUGCUGUGGAAACAAGGCUGUCGCUGUUAAAUAUGACUUUCAUGAAGUAUGUGGAUUCGAAUCUCUGUUGCUUCAUCCCAGGAAAGGUGAUUGAUGAGAUUUAUCGUGUGUUGAGAUAUGUCAAUUCUACCAGAGCCCCACAGCGAGCUCAUGAAGUCCUCCAGGAGUUAAGGGACAUUUCCUCCAUGGCCAUGGAGUACUUUGAUGAGAAGAUCGUUCCAAUUCUGAAGAGGAAACUGCCAGGCUCAGAUGUGUCUGGAAGACUCAUGGGCUCUCCUCCAGUUCCAGGACCGUCUGCAGCCCUGACGACAAUGCAGCUCUUCUCCAAGCAGAACCCUUCACGACAGGAGGUUACUAAACUCCAGCAGCAGGUCAAGACCAAUGGUGCUGGUGUGACAGUUCUCAGGCGGGAGAUUUCUGAGCUUCGCACCAAAGUGCAGGAGCAGCAGAAGCAGCUUCAAGACCAAGAUCAGAAACUGCUAGAGCAGACCCAGGUCAUCGGCGAGCAGAAUGCUCGGCUGGCAGAGCUGGAGCGCAAACUUCGGGAGGUCAUGGAGAGCGCGGUGGGAAGGUCCUCCGGGCCCAGGCAGAGUGAGGAGUCUCCGAGGAAGCGGAGAAAGGCCGCAGAAGCCAUCGACUCGUCUAGAAAAUCCAAGCGGCUUCGGAAUGGAAAGUAAAUUGGAUGGAGCACAGGCCUUGCUCCAGAGGAAGGUGUGGCUUUGCCGAUCAGGAUCCUGGGAACAACUCUCUGUCUGGGCUUCUAGGCUUUCAGAACUUGACUUCAGCCUAAACUCAUGGUCGGGACAUUCUCUCCCUGCUUCUCCUUUUGGAACGGAUGCACAGAAUCUUUUUAUUUUGCAAUAGAUUUGUACUAACCAGACCUGUUCUAUCAUGUUUUGGGAAGUUGACUUUUUUCUGUGCAGAUAAUGUCUGUCUGUUUCUGCAUAUAUGCACAUUAUCUAGGAUCUUAAGCAAACCAGUCUUGACAGACUAGAAGUUGUUUCAUACAGAAAAUGUCCUGUUCACUUGAAAGAAAAAAAACCUACUUUUUAAAUGGACACUAUCUUGUUUAAAAAAGUUGACUUUUUGUUAUAAGUGACCUUUGUCUGGAAUGUCUGAAAAGUAGUUAAGCUUUUUGGUAUCGAAGUAAUGGGUAACUGAAAGGACUUGCAUAGUGUUGACUGUAGAAGGAGCCUCUACAGUAUUGACUAUAUAUUUUUAUAAACUACUGGCAAGGGACGGAUCCAGUUGGUAUCCACGUUUUCAGUUCUCUCUGGGGCCAUGUCCUACUUGCGCACGGAUGGAUGCAUGCACUGCCUAGUCAGCCCACUUCAAGCUCUUGCACUGGCAUUGAUCUUGAACCUUUGUACUUCUUCACUUCUUAGCGUCUCCUUGAGUUAAGCGCUUUACAUCUUCCACUGCAACUGCUUGCCUCCAGGGGAGAAUUGUUAGUCCAUUUGUCCUCCAGUUUUAUAGGAACCAGAGACUAUUAAAGCCCGUUGCUUUAGCUGUCCUCUGUAGGGUUCAGGUGCCAAGGCAAAACCCCAGUCCAGGGCUCUUUUCUGUUGUGACCAGGCCUCUGGGAGGUAGUGUUGGUCCUAACUCCUUACUUGCUUGAGGGUCAAAUGGGGGACCCAGCUUGUAGAUUUAGUUUUGCCAUUGAAAGAAAAUUCGCUGAAGAAAAUUGUGCCAUGAAAGUAAUUUGAUAACUUCAUUGUUGGGAGCUGACCUGAUGGAAGCUUUUUAAUAUUAAUUUUAGGCUUUCCUUGUCCUAACUUUACACAGAAGCUUUAAUUUUGUUUGCACUCCUGUUUUGAGCUUGUAACUGGAAAGCAUAUCUUGCACUGUUCACCCUCUGAGUGGUCACUUUAACAACCUCCAAAUUGUGGACAGUGGUUUUCUUUCCGAGCUGUGUACUUUUAAGACAUUCGGUUAUCACUGUCCUAGUUUUAUUUUAAUGUACUAAAUUAUGUAGUUAUUUGACUGUUCUUUUAAACUGCUGCCUUGGGCUUCAGUUAUUUAAAGUAAAUGUAGGUGUAAUGUAGAAGAUUAUCCCUUUCCAGGUGAGAUUUUGACACCUGUAUGAAACCUAAGGUUGUGGUAAGUACCUUAGUUGAAUAAAAGCACAAGGUUAUCCACCUCCUGUAUCCGUCCAGCAUGACAUAAUUAUCCAUACUUUAGGUUAGGUUACCAAAUGAAACAUUUCCCUAUCCAUUUUUAGUAUUGUCCUUUCAUAAUUUUGUCCUCAGAUUUUGGUCAGUUCUAUGUCUUAACUUUGAAACUCCAUUUACAAUGUAGUUUGUUUUCAAUGAAAACCAUAAAGUAACAUCCAAGUGUUUCAUGGUUUGUUGGGAAGGUAAUUUUAAAAUAAACAGUUUCCUAAAAACAUUUGUCAGCCAAGGUCAUCCAUAAAAGUCCCUGUCUGGAAUACAUUCUCUCAGCAGGUCUCACUUUUGUAAUCAUAGGAUUUAGCCAUAUUCUCAGACCUUUGCAAGAGGCUUCUUGCGUACUCACAGCCUUUAGUAGUUGUUUUUCUGCUAACAGGAAGACUUUCGAAGAGCUGAGUGCAGGUUUACAAAGUGUGAACUUUAUGCGUCAGUGGGGAAUAGCCUCAGAUUAUUUCUGCAGUAGUUGUUAAUAAAUUGUUAAAAGCUUUUCUGAAUUUGUUUUUAAGCUCCAUCUGGUUAGCCUGAAUGUAUCUGUAGUCUUGCAUUGGUUAACAUGAGUGGUUGGCCUUUAUAAUGACCAUCCAGGUAUUGGAAGGUAAAUUUUCUUUCCUCACACCGGAUCUGCAGCACAUACUCACAGUCACGAGUCACACUUGUCAGCAUCGAAUGUUCCACACGCAGGCAGACCACACACUACAGUUGAAGUUUCAAACUAGCUAAACUGGCGUAGGUUGUCACCUUGACUGUCAUUGAGCUCUUGGGUAGAGGUCACACGUGCUUUGGGGCAGCUUGUAAGUACUGUGGGUUCUGAAGGCCACACAUCAUCUUCAUCAGCUAAAACUGAUGUUACAUUGCAUUUAUAAACCAGCUUCCGAGGAGCUCAUCCCCAACCCCAAAUUUUCUGUCAUUCAUCUAAAUGCUGUGUGUUGUUAAUGGCACAACAUUUCAUAAAGCAUUUCCAUCAUCUUGACUGCUUUUCAGAGAAAUCUGUGUUUCACUGUGUUAUGCCCACUUAAAUUUAUUAUAGUACAACACCAGUAUGUAUAAAAAUGUGAAAAGAUGUGUGCAGAAAUCAGAGAGGAGGGCCUGGGGAUUGAGCUCAGCGGUAUAAACACCUGCCUUGCAAGCGUGUGGUCCUGAGUUUGAUCCCCGGUACCGAUAAAAAUUUAAAAAAAGAAAUUGGAGAGGACUGACCUCACCCAUCCAGCUGGUCACCGCCCCACACACACACAGACAUGGUUUUCUCACCCUGCCUCACAGAGCCUCCAGUAUUCUGCCUGGCCUGUUGCCGGCAGGUGGGGUAUAUGCAGAGCAGUCCUGCUGUUUGGAGCCUGUUGGUGCCAUCAGGCCUAAAGCCACUGGUUUUGGAAGCAACUUUUUUUGGAUUGCCUUAAUCUCUUACUUAGUAGUUUCAAGAUAUAUAUGCAUUAUUCUACAUGUUAAAAUAUUCUGUGUAGCCCCACAUGUGGGUAAAACAGUAUAAAUAAUGCUUAAAUAAGCUAAAAGGUAUCACUGCAGCUGGAUUUUGAGAAAAGGCAUAAUAGGCUGUGCUUCAUAAAAAUAAUGGCACUGUAGGAUUGCACUAUUUUAUGCAUUAUUUUCUAUGCCAUUUCAUAGCCUGCACUUUAAUCUCCAAAGAAACGGUGUAUGAUGUCCCAGUUGUUGGUUAAUAAACUUUUCCCUAGACAGGGCACUUAGUUCUAUUUUAUUAUACUGGUUAGUUUCUUGGAGGUGGAUUCCUUUUUUGAGUUCUCUACUUCCUUAGCCAUAGUAUUUUCGAGGAUCUGGGAAUCCCUCUCAUCUGUUUCCAGGAGUAUAUAAUUUUAAUGCAAUGGAAACCUCAUCCUUGGUGAUCAGCACAUCCUUAGAACCUCUUCCGCAGUGAGCACCAGUUGGUCACACAGAUGAGAUCUGCAAUUGGUGCUGUAGUGUUUGAAGGCAGGAGAGGAUAGAAGGCAACUUGAAACAUCCCGUGGCAGCAGUUGCUGAGGAAAGACUGCUUCUGUAGGAAUCCGGCUGGACCUGCCGUCCAGUUCUUUGACUUGGGGUCUGUCUGAGUGUCUUUCACUGGUACAUGAAAGGCUAGCAGCCUGCAUCUGCAGUGAAUUAUUUUCAGAAUGGACUGAGCCUACAGAAAACUAGGAGUACCAGAAUUGCCAGUCCUGCUGUGAUCUCACUUGGAGUAGCAAUAGUUCUGUCAGUUUCAGGCUUGAGUCUUUUGGCCUCUUACAACUUCCUGGUUCAAGUCCUGAAGUUUGAAAGUUAUAUCCAGAUUUUCCUGUUGUGUCUGAAGGAAACCAUGAGGUUUAGAAUCUUCAGUGGUAAUCUACACACCAGAUCUGUUGCCAAAGCCUAGCAGACCAUACUUAAACCACCAAAAAGGUGAGAUGUGUUUAGAAUCCCUUGCUGUGCUGCCAUGUCUGUUUACCUAUGCUUUCGAGCAACAAUAAAACACUAGUUUACCUUCUGGAACUUUGUUUUAAGGAUUGGAAAAUGAAAAGCACCUCCGGGUCACACAACAGGGUACAUAAAUAAAUGUGUUGUUACCAGU